AGCAGAGCUGGGGUGGUGGUUGGAAAAGAGAGGGAGGAAGAGGUUGGAGUCCCCAGACCCUGUGGAGAGAGGUUCAGGAUGCAGCUAAAGGGCUUCCGGUGAAGAACACCGAAGGGGGGGGGACUAGUGGAGAGGUGAGAGGGGCAAAGAGAGAGUUAGUGGGAGGAGGCUGGACCUGAGCUGUGGGAUAGGGAGAGUGGCUAGGGUCAGUAGGUAAGGGGAUGGGUUCAGGGAGUGAGGCUGGGGGUUAUUGAUGUGAGACAAUGGACAAGAGCAGUGUGUGGGAGGUGAACUGAUGCCAGUAGCACCAGGAAGUGGGGAAGUGAGCUAGGGGCUGUAGGAGCUAGAGGGAAGAAAGGUGGGGAAUUGCCUGUUGUACUACUUGACUGCUUUCCAACUCUGACUUGGGGUGGAGACAAGAUCAGAAGGUGGGUCUGGGUUGGGGAUUGAAAGGACAGGUAAGGGCUAGGCUGGUAGGAACCCCCCCCAUGGGGGAAGCCUAGGGAGGGCCUAAGCCAUGCUGUCCCGAAAGGGAAUCAUCCCUGAGGAAUAUGUACUGACUCGACUAGCAGAGGAUCCAGCAGAGCCCAGGUACCAUGCCCGGGAGAGGAGAGCCCGCUUCGUGGCCAAAAAUGGCAACUGCAACGUAGCCCACAAGAACAUUCGGGAGCAGGGCCGCUUCCUUCAGGAUGUCUUCACCACCCUGGUGGACCUCAAGUGGCACCACACAUUGCUUAUCUUCACCAUGUCCUUCCUGUGCAGCUGGCUACUCUUUGCCAUGGCCUGGUGGCUCAUUGCUUUUGCUCAUGGUGACCUGGACCACAGCACCAAAACUGAAGCUGGAGAGAAUGAUGCUACCUUCAUCCCCUGUGUCACCAGCAUCCACUCCUUCUCCUCCGCCUUCCUUUUCUCCAUCGAGGUGCAGGUGACAAUCGGUUUUGGGGGUCGCAUGGUGACUGAGGAAUGUCCAUUCGCUGUCCUGGUGCUGAUUGUGCAAAACAUCGUUGGGCUCAUGGUCAAUGCCAUCAUGUUGGGCUGCAUCUUCAUGAAGACAGCCCAAGCCCACCGCCGAGCUGAGACACUCAUCUUCAGCAAGCAUGCAGUCAUUGCCAUGCGCCACGGCCGCCUCUGCUUCAUGCUGCGCGUGGGUGACCUCCGAAAGAGCAUGAUCAUCAGUGCCACCAUCCGCAUGCAGGUGGUCCGGAAGACCACAAGCCCUGAAGGCGAGGUUGUGCCCUUGCACCAGGUGGACAUCCCUAUGGAGAAUGGUGUGGGUGGCAAUAGUAUCUUCCUGGUGGCCCCACUCAUCAUCUACCAUGUCAUCGAUGCCAACAGUCCCCUGUAUGACCUCGCCCCCAGUGACCUGCACCACCAUCAGGACCUGGAGAUCAUUGUGAUAUUGGAAGGUGUGGUGGAGACCACAGGCAUCACUACACAGGCCCGAACCUCCUACCUUGCCGAUGAGAUCCUCUGGGGCCAGCGUUUUGUUCCCAUCGUGGCGGAAGAAGAUGGCCGCUACUCAGUGGACUACUCUAAGUUUGGCAAUACUGUUAAAGUGCCCACACCUGCCUGUACUGCCCGCCAGCUAGAGGAGGACCGAACUCUCUUGGACUCUCUGCCUCUCGCCUCUCCCAAAGGGCCCCUACGCAAGAGGAGUGUGGCAUCGGCCAAGCCCAGACUCAAGCCCAAGUUCAGUAUCUCCCUCGAUGCCUUGUCCUAAGGGCUGCCUUCACUAUGUGGGCCAGCUCAAACUCCCCAGGCUUUCCUCCCUCCCAAUACUCGGCCUUAGGGCAGAGACCUGAUCCAUCAACCCUGCAUGAAAGAGGGGGGUGGGGGUGAGGAAUGGCCUUUGGUCCGGCAGGGCCUUCUGUUUAUUUACUGAGCUGCUAGGAGCUGGCAGUGAUUUCAGGGCUUCAGUGUCUCCUGACUCUUGCUCAGGGGUGUUAUGGGGUAUUUAUCACUGAGCUAUUUAUGGGCUCACCAGGUCUCAGCUGCAUUCAGCUAUUUUUGUCUCUGCUCUUCCCAGCACCAACACAGGACUGGCUCAGGCCCCCUCAGAGGCAAAGGAGACCUAGACCAGGUUGGGGGAAGGGAGGUUGGGGACAAAUGCUUUAGUCUGAGAGUUGGGCCUCAGAGUCCAAUCCAAUACCACUGACUUGUGAGCCAGCAAUCAGCCCAGUCCUGAGGCAGGUGGGUGCAGCUUCCCAAUGCCAUCUUCUCUGUCCCUCUCAAUAUCUCUUCCCCAAGAACCAGCACCACCAACUAAGAUUGCAUAACCUUUCUUUCUCUGUCUCCACAAUUUCCCAUCUCUGGGGGAAGUAGAAUGGGUGUCUACAUCAGAGCCUGGGUGGAGGCGAGCCAAUCAAAGAAGGGAAGGAUGCAAGUUUCCCACUAGAGUCUAGAGCCAGACAGUCAUAGCCUCCUCCAUCAAUAGUCCCUCUCCCAAAACCUGCUGAUGGUACUUGGUUCUGGGGAUAACAGACUGACUUUGGGAGGAGGGAUGAGAAGAGUUUGUCACCGCACUGUCAGACAUACUACCACAAAAGGGACCCUAGGUGUGAGGCAUUGGGGAAACUCAUGGAAAAACAGUCUCCCCUGGCACAGUUGCAAUGGGUGCUGGGUGCAGUAGGAGGAGGGAGUAUAUGCUGGCUUGGGAGCAGGGGAGGGGAGUGCAAUUCAAUAGGCAUUUGAUGGCUCAGGAUAAGCAUCAGUCUUGAAGUUGGAGUGAAGUAUGAUCCUAAGCAAUCUUUAGUCUGGAUGCUGUUACCAUGAACAGGGAAUGUGCUGAAAAGGGAGCAGACUGUGCUGUGUGUGCUUUUCCAGGAAUAUGCCAUCUCUGGUCUGUAAAUAAAACUUCCCCCUCCUCUA